AUGACAAAAGUAUUAAUUUCACCAGAAAGUAUAACAAUUUAUCUUAAUAAUGAUGGACUUUCUAUGGUAAAACAAUCACUUGAAAAUUCACAAAAUGAAGAACUUAUAGGAGCAGUAGAAAUAUUAUUAAGAAUUAUAAAAUAUAAACAAGAAGGUAAAACAUUAUUAUUUAAAGAAGGAUUUUUAAAAAUAUUAACUGAUAUAAUUGGUAGAACAGAUAAUCAAAAUAUAUUAGAACGUGCAAUUAAUGUUACUAGUCAAUUAUCUGGUUGUGAAUUUUUUGCAAGUAAUUGUAUUGAUUGUGGAUUAUUUGAAGAAUGUCUUGAUUUAUUAGAAUAUCCAUAUAAUGGAAAAAGUACAACAAAUACAUUAAUGCCAUCAUUACUUAUUAUUUUUAGAGUUACUCAAGAUCGUGUUGGUGCAAAAAAUUGUAGUUCAUUAAAAUUAGCAACAAAAUUAUCUAAAUUACUUUUAUCAGUAAAAGAAUUUCAAGAAGUUAUGCAAGCAAUGUUAUUUGGUAUUAUUACAAAUUUAUUUAGUAAUGAUCAAGCAAGAAAAGAAAUGAUAUUAACUAAAAUUGAUAAAGUUGUUCUUCAAAUUAAUCCUAUUGAACUUCAACCAAAAGGAAAAUCAUUAUGGGUUGUUUGUGUUAAAACAUUUAAUGAAAUGAAAAAACAAACACAAGAAAUUGAAUAUACUCCUAUUGAUAUUCAAAGAAUGGCUGAAUAUAAUUCUAAGAAAACAAAAGCUAGACAAAUUACAGAAGAAUUUAUUCAAACUGAAACUAAUUAUACAAAUCAAAUGAAUAUUUGUUGUCGUAUAGUAAUAAAAAGAUUAGAUAAUGUUUUAAAAGAAAAUUUAUCUAUUAUAUUUGGUAAUAUUAUUGAUAUAGAAAAAUAUCAUCAUAAAUUUUCUAAUGAAUUAGAAAAAUGUUUAUCUCUUUGUAAUGAAGAAAAACUUGAAUUUAUUUCUUUUUCUGAUAUAUUAUUAAAAUAUUUUACUCCAUCAAUGCUUGAUUUAUAUUGUAAAUAUGCUAAUAAUGUUGAUAUUGGAAUGGCUAAAUUUAAUGAAUUAUCAAGAACAGAUGUAGAUGUUGGAUGUAUUGUUAAAGAAUUAAGUUCUAAAGGUCAUUAUGUUCCAAGUUUCUUAAUUCAACCAAUUCAAAGAAUUCCUCGUUAUGUUUUAUUAUUAGAAUCAUUAAUUAAAUGUCUUCCUGAAUAUUUAGAUGAAGCUAAAAAAAUAAAAACUUGUUUAAAUAAAAUUAGAAGUAUUGCUAAUGAAAUUAAUGAAAAUAAAAGAAGAUUUGAAAAUAAAACAGCAAUGAAUUUAUGGAAUAAAAGAAUUGAUUUAUCUGAUUAUCCUAAUCAACAACGUGAUUAUUUUGCUGAAAUGGGACAAGUUUUAGUUAGUGAUAAAAAAAAUGCAACUGUUUGGACAAUGGUUAUUUUUAGUGAUAUUGCUGUAUUAACAAGAAAUACUGCAAAAUCUUCUGAAAAAGAAAAAUGGAAAAUAAAAGAAGUAUAUGCUUUAUGUGAUUGGAAAGUCCUUGAAAUAGUUAAUGAAAAAAUUCAAUUCUUUAAACCUUCAUCAAAUACUACAAUUGAAAUUACUUGUAAUAAAUUAAAAGAUACUGAAUUUUUAUCUGAACAACUUAGAAAAGCAAUUAAUACUGCUAAACAAAAUAAAAUGAAAAGAACUUCAAUUACAAAUAUUUAA